CACCGCCACCGCCGCGCAUCAGUAUGCCCAAAACGGUGUUCCGAGUGUGUCUGUGUGUGUGCGCGCGCCGCCCGUAGGUAUAUCGUACCAUAUGAUCGCAGGGAAUAAAAAAAUCGUCUCGUCAUUCGCCGUUCGUUUAGUGUCGAGUGCUGUUGACCGGAUCACCGUCGUGAUACGUAGAUACGACUCGUCGGACCGCUGCGCGCGCGUGCAAAUUCUCGUCGACAACGUGUUUCGUUUGUUUUUAUCGCGUUAGAUAUUAUUAUUAUAUUUCGACAAUCGUUAUUGUCCGUAUGCGAUAUUUGUUUUUACGACUGUCUCGCUGUUUUUUUUUAUUUUUAUGAGUACAACGUUCGUCGGACAGCCUUCUGCCCCCUCGCUCGUACUUCAAUCGCCGCCGUCGUCGUCUAACUCCGUACGUUUUUUAUACUCCGUAUACCUACACGUCAUAAUAUUACAGCGCACGGUGUGUUGAAUGCGCCAACGAUGAAUUCGUUUCUCACCCACAACACGCUUCCGUACCAUCAACCGGCGCAGAUGCACCAGAUGAUGAUGGCGGAGCCCAAGUACUCGCCGCCGGACGACUACGGCAACAUGCAGAACUACAUGGGUUCGCCGGACUUCUUCGGCAGCCCUCACCAUCAACAUCACCACCACCAACACCAGCACCACCACCCCUCGCAUCACGCCAAUCACCUGAGUCAACACACUCAACACAUCGGCGGCGGCGGCGGUGGUGGCGGCGGAGGCGGUGGCGGAGGCGGUGGUGGCGGCGGCGGCGGUGGCGGCGGUGGAGGUGGUGGCCACCAGCAAGUGCAGGCCAGCGGCGGUGGAGUCGGCGUCGGCGGUUCGAGCGUACUCGGAUCGACCGGCGGUAGCCACUAUCAGGGACACUAUCAGCAACAGAUCCAGGCCAUGUACCCGAGCCCGGGCCAGACUCCGUCGUAUUACACCAGCGCCGCUUCCAAUUACGGCGCGUACCAGAUGCACCAUGGUGGUCAGAUGCCGCUGGAGGCGCAACAACCGCCGGCCGCUCUGAUGCACAACGCCUCGGCGCAACAGUGCCAGGGCGGCAGCAUAAUACCGUCCGGGACCGGCGGCGGCCUGCAGGCCGUGGCCAUCAACGCGGUAAUGUCGCACGACAUCAAGGACGACUCGUCGCCGUCGCCGCUGCCCUGUCACCUGCAACCGAGCCCGUCGUCGUCCAACCACAUGUCCAACAACCCGCUGGACGGGUCGUGCUCCGACGACAUGGACGACUGCAACACGGACACGGACGAGAUGAUGAUGACCACGGUCAACGGGUCACCGAUCAUGAUGGACGACAGCGAGUCCUCGGACCGGGUCAUCUAUCCGUGGAUGAAGAAGAACCACGUGGCCGGAAUGCCGAACGGCGCGUACCAGCCGGUGGACGUGAAGAGACAGAGAACCGCGUACACCAGGUAUCAGGUGUUGGAGCUGGAGAAGGAGUUUCACUUCAACAAGUACCUGACCCGUAGACGAAGGAUCGAGAUCGCUCAUUCGUUGGUGCUGUCUGAGCGGCAGAUCAAGAUAUGGUUCCAGAAUCGCCGAAUGAAGUACAAAAAGGACAACCAUCUGCCCAACACGAAAAACGUGCGCCGGAAAAACGGAAGCACGCAGCCGGCGGGAAAAAAGUCCCGGGCCAAAAACAAUAACAAUAACAACAAUAAUAACAACAACAACAACCAUCAGCAGCCACUGUGCUCGCCAUCCGGAUUGAAAAUCGAUUCGCACGACAUGUCACCGCAACAACAACCCGAGUUGAGGUUACAACAACAGAGUGAUACCGGAUCGACGUCGCUGAUGGCCGCCAUAAUACCAUCGUCGUCGACGUCUUCGUCUUCGUCGUCGUCUGCCGCCGCGUCGGUCGCCGGACACAACAAUCCGGCCGCUGCUAUGCAGCAACAGCUUCAUCAACAGCAACAACUCCAGCAGCAGCAACAGCAACAGUUACAACACUGUCUGAACCACCGGCCAACGCACCUAUCUCAACACCUACAGCAACAGCAACAGGGUUUGGCCAUCGGAGUUGGCACCGGUGAGUACGGCCUCACUCAGCUGUAACGGCACGUUUGCAGAUCGUGAGCCCGUUUUCCAAGGUAUAAGUUACUUGACAUAAAAUGAAAAUAUAUGAAAAAAACCGUAAAAAUUCAAAAAAAAAUAAAAAAAUACAAAGUGGUCACCACGUUAUAUUAUCGAUAUAGGUACUAUAUUUUAAUUCGUCAUACUAUAAUUUAUUAUAUACUGCUGCAAACAUUUUCACUUCUUCAGACAUUCUAUGUAUAUAAUAUGGGAUUCUUCUUGACCGAUUGUUUUCUCCGCGCAGUCCGAUCGGUUAUGUUAUACCCUAAGGUUAUAUUAUAACCUUAUAGAAUCCAAGUCCCUGUUUAUCGUUCGAAUUUUCCAUACUUUAUAGUUUAUAUCGUCUGCAAUUACCGAGAACGUGACGAUUAAUAUAUUAAAUCUGACUUUCAAUGUUAAUGUAUUGUAUUGCGUAUGAUUAUAAAAGCCUACGAGUGUAUAUUUACUAAAAGAUAAAUAUUUUGAUUGUGAGAAGAAUAAUUCCUAUGAUAUAUAUAGUAUUCAUGUCUGAUAAUGGGCUUAUUGAAAUCUUCUGGCGAAAUAAAUUUCAACGCACGGUAGAUAGAUAUAAAUUGGUUAAAAUGUUUAUAUUUAUGAAAUAAAAAUGUUAUUUAAUGUUAGUUUCACUUAUAUUUAGAUCUUUUUUUGCCCAAUCGUUUUGUUUUCGUUACGAUAAAAAGAUAUUCUAUAUAUGCUAUAUAUAUAUAUUUAUGAAUAAUUUAUAUAAUUUAUAAAAUAGAAAAACAUUAUUCAUAUACAACUCGCAUAAAUAUAUAUAUGAGUUAUAUGAAAUAUGUGAAGAAUAAAAUUAUAUACAGCUCAUUUGUAAAUUUUCAAAAUAUUGUACACUAUAUAAGGAAUCGUAUUAUAAUUAUU